GAAGGUCAUUAACAGAUUCGGUUAAUGAAUGCUGCAAUAACUGCUAAAUAUUUCACUUUAGUUUGUAUUUCUUAAAUUCUCUGCUUAAGGUCUUUUCUGCUUGCAUGACAAUAACGUCUACGUGCCUGGCGACUUUUGGUCAAGCGGAAACUACCGAUACUCUUGUUCCUCUUCUGCCAGUCUCGAAAUCACAGGAUGCGUAUUACCUAGUGAAGACGGCCUUGCAGUGGGUGAAGAAUUCACUGAAGGCAACUAUACUUACAAGUGCACGAAUGACACUGGCGUUGUAAAGUUUGUAUCAGAAAAAUGCAAACAGCCGAACUGCGCCAAGGAAGCAGAAGUGAUUACGAUUGGACAACGUCCCCUGGCGGAGCUUGGGAUAUCGAAAUCGAGUGAAAGCCUAUUUAUUUACUGUCGUUUUCACAAUGACGUGAAAUUGGCCGGUGAAAUCUGGGAUAAAAACAACGUACGCUACCGCUGUCAGGAAACUGGCAUCGCUGAACCUAUAGGAUGUAUAACUUACCAAAAAUUGGGUUUGGGCAUCAAUGAUUCGUUCGUUAUGGACCAUAUGCUGCACACUUGUGUACAGAAGUACGGUCAUGUCGUGUACAAGUCUACGGCGUGCAGUGCAGAAACGCCGUGCACUAGCGAAGAGGCACAAAGUACUUUGAGCGACCAAGGAUUAACUUCCUCUGAAGAACACGCUCAGGGUUGCAUCACAGACGAAGGCUAUGAAAUGAGCAUAGGCGAAGUGAAAGUGAUCUGCCAUGUCAAGCACAGCUGUCUGAAAUCAGAAUACGGACUCAUAUAUCUAAGGCAACCUUGCGGCGAAAUAACGGACUGUUCGGACUUCGAAUCCCACGAAAUAUUUGAUGAAUUUGAAAAUUUGCUUUAA